CCUCUCUCUCUCUCUCUCUCUCUCUCAAUAUUACUUCUUCCCUGACAGAAACUUCUGCACAACAAUGAAUUUCGAUUUAGAUCCUCUUCAUAAGAUUUGGAUUUGGGGUUCAGAUGCGAGAGCCCUUAAUCCCUUUCUGCCUUGUAAGUUUAAUUCUGUGUAUGUUGUUUGAAGUCAUACAUAUUUUUUGUUUUUGAAAUCACAGUUCUAUUCUCUAUUAUUAACGCUUGAAUGUUUGAGAAAAGUUGCGUUUAAUUUGUUCUAAUUUGAUUUUUUCUAUUUUGCAUCUCCCCCAGCGGCGUUGGCUUUGGUGUUCCGAUUGCGAACGGCAGAUAUGAUAGGUUAAAGAUGGAAAUUGAGCAAAUUGAUGCCCUAAUGGGUCCUCGAUUGCAAAUUGAGGACCUGAUGGGUGCUCGAUUUCAAAUUGAGGACUUUAUGGGUGCUCGAUUGCAAAUUGGGGUAAUUUGUGGGUCCGCGAUUGCACAGCGUUUCAUUGCCAUUCCAAAUCGGAUCUUGUUUUUUGUUAUUUGAUGGAUUCAAGCCCUGGAUCUGGCGACGAUGGUGGUGGUCGGGCCAUACUCUCAGAGCGGCUCCGAGCCAAGAUGCAAGAAUCCAGACGAUCCCUGAUCUCAAGGCGUGGAUCUUCUUCCAGCUCCAGCUCCAGCUCUGGCGACGCCACCAUCCCAAGCGGUGGUCAGAAUCGCCGUCGUCGUGUGCCUCCCGGCGGAAACGCCUCGGUUUCUUCUGAUAGUGGCGGUGGUGCUUCCUCCAGUUCUCCGGAAAUUGGAGCUUCCUCCGGUUCUCCGGAAAUUGGAGCUUCCUCCACAGAAGUGUUGCCUUUGCAGACGGUUGGCGCUUCCAUAGCAGUGGCUAAGCAGACGGUUCCAGGUUUAUUGACCGAGGCUACUGCUGCUUCUGAUGUUCCCGAAGCGGUGGCUGCUGUCCCUGCUGUCCCCGAGGCGGCUGUUGCUGUUGUGGACACGGCGGCAAUCCGGCAGAUUACAAAUGCAAGGGUUUCAGCCUUGCACAACACUAGGCUGGAACUCAACUUAUGUUUGAGCCGCGGAGAGUUUUACCUCCGGCUGAUUAAGGAGAAAAACCUUUUGAUAUCUGUGCUUGACAUAUCUGAUAUGAGGACUAUUAUUUUCUAUUACCGCCACCUCAUCCAGGAAGAGCGUGUGCAAAGGUGGGAGACAAGGAGGGUGGCGCACUUUCUGCAAGAAAGGAUGAACCACUACAACCACACCGUUGGUCAAGAGCUGGAAUGUGCACGGAACAGGGUCCGAUUUGAGCGGUUUUGCAGGUGUGCUGCCUGCCCUGCCAUAUACGCCCCCUUCUUUGAUAUGGCCUUGUUUGCAACUGCCAUGGGGUGGGUGAUCCUUGAGGAGCGUGACGCCCGGAUUGACCUCAACUCUGUGUUGGCCUUGACAAAGGCGAGGUUGCUGUGGUGGAAAAGAAACCCAGAAGGCAUGCCGUGAAGACCAACAAUAACUACAUACUAAAACUCUUGAAACAAAUUAAUAGUACAGUGUAGGGUCACACACUAGUUCUCUGAUUGGUUAUAUGAGUGUCAUCUAUGUUCAAGCUUGACUAUUUAGCAAAAUUAGAAUUCUGAAGUUAAAUAUGCAUUGCUGUUAACAGCCCUAUGAAUGAUUCUGUCAAGUAGGUGAGGUUUAAUGUGAAAGGGGUACGUUUCUCUGAUGAACACUUCUGUCUCUCACAUCAGUAAGAUUACUAUUUUUCUU